CGUUGGUGGACUGAACUUGUUGGACUACACUCUUUUCGGUUUCGGUUUCGGUUCUUAGCUAUGUUCAUUUGGGUUGAAACUCAUUUAAUCAACUUGAUUAUAAUUUUGAAGGGGGAACUUUGCUCAUCGAGCUCCUCGUCAUGGAACCCGAGUUCAAUACUCGCCCACUCUCUAUAAUUCAUCGUCCACGCCAAUCCCAAGAUCACACUUCUCCUCCUUCUUCGCCCGUACCUCCCCCUUCAUCCUUCAUCCUAACAUCUCGUCGUCGCUCUUCCGCUGCCAACUUUCCUCCUGCAGGUCCACCACCGAGUCAACCAAUUCCAAGUCUACCGUCAGCUCCAAUCUACCAUCCUGAUGAUGUUGAACCUCCUUCCGAUGAACUUUCAUAUACCACAAGGCAUAGGUCAAGCACUAGUGGUAGUGGUCCUAGUCACGCCAACAAUGGUAGACCUUCAGCCUCUGCAAAUCUCGCUGCAAUAGCCGCGUUUCAAACAAGGCAAGCCUCUACUUCCGCGUUCAACAGUCCCCAGCCUUCUUCCAGCACCGUCACACAUGACUCCGGUCUUUUAUCCGACCCCUCGCAUAGAUCUGGCCUUCAGCCCACGUCAUCUUCACAUCAUCAGGAUAUCGUGCCUGACCGUCUCUUGUUGUCACCAACUCAGCCUCGCACACCGUCACAAUCUCGCCCAUCUUCAAGACGCGCCCUCACAAGAGCCUUGGAACUCGCCCGUGAAGCAGUUCAGUUAGACUCCACCAAUGAUGACCCUCAUGCUGCUGUCAUGGCAUACGGUCGAAGUGUCGCUUUGCUCAGCGAAGUUAUGGAGCGAGUAAGAAGAGGCGAAGACAGCACAGAACGUCCCAGGCGAAACGGCAGACGGAGAAGUGUAGUCGCACAAGAAGAAGAACCUGAUAUACAGUAUACCUCCCAUACCGCACUCCCCAUCAUCUGUCUACGCCCCUUCCACAUCCACAGAGUCCACACAACCUGGAUCACCAUCUUCCAUUUCACCCACUUCCGACUCUCAUAGAGUCUCUUCAUACCCAACAGAACACACCCAAGACGAGCCUCAGCACGUCGGAGUACUUAACCAUAACCAUGAUGACGAUAAUGAUGGCCAUGAAGGCAUCGGAGCUGCUCUUCUCAAUGAUACUUAUCUGUCCACCGAAUUUGGUCAAAGAACCAAUGGCAUAUCACCUCAACAUCCUUAUGCUGCACCUCUCUCACCU